UUACAAUUGAAUAUUUUGAAGCUGAUUUACAGCUAUUGAAGAGCGGCAUUUCAAUUUAUUUAAUUGGGAUCACAAUACUAUACUACUAUUUGUCACUGAUUAACGUUAUAAUAAUAACAAAUUUCAAUGUUGUGAUUUUCCAUGAAGUUUCUGGAUCUAGACAGCACCUAAUUCUUGCUUAAGAUGUCUCAUUACAUUAGUUAGCAAAGAGUUGUGGUUGAUUGGUUUGUUGUUGGAGAUUUGCAUACUUUUUUUUUGUUUUGAAGAUUUGUUAGCUUCAUUAAGAAUUGCAGCAAUGGAGUGGCCAUUGCCAAACAAGAGCUAUGCCAAUCCUCAGCUUUUGUCCUUUCAUGGUUCUAAUGCUAAGACGGGUUUCGACUCCCUCGCUUCUGCUGGUCUGGUGACGAUUACCACCAAAGAAAUCGACUGUGAUCGCACUUCUUACUCUACCGUUAUGCAGAAAAACAUUGAUCAAGGAGGAGUCCGAUACACGGUCACAACGUAUCCCACCAAUCCAACGAAGGUAACGGUAUCACCUGCCUCUGUUCAUCCAUCCUUUCUGCCCCUUAGCCCACAACCGAUUUCUGCUAUCCCACCUCUGUCUUCGAGCAGCCCUGUUGUCGGAACUACAGAUUUAAGGAAUUCAUCCAAGAUAUCAGGGGCUCCGGCCCAACUAACGAUGUUCUAUAACGGCUCAGUUUGUGUAUACGACAAUGUUUCUGCAGAUAAGGCUCAGGCUAUUAUGUUAUUGGCUGGAAAUGGGGCUCCCACGGCUUCUAGUUCACCGGCCCGUGCAGCUCCCAUUCAAGCAGUCACGCCUCAGCCUUCAAUUCUUGAAAGUUAUGUUGUGAAUCAUCCCUAUGGCGUUGCAUCACAUCGGCCUAGCCCUGCAGCAAAUGCCACUAAUCGCGUUUCUCAAUCGCUUAACUGGGGUGGUGCUAUCAGUGACAUGAAUGGUUCUAAACAAGGAAGCGUUCUCGUCUUGUCUAACAAAUUCGAGCCAUUGAGAGCAGUCAGUUCACCAGCAUCCGAAUCAGCCUUCACUAAUUCGUCAAGCUCGGUACCUCAGUUUAGGAGGAAAUCGUUGGCUCGGUUUCUAGAGAAGCGCAAGGAGAGGGCAAUCAGCACAGCACCGUACGAUGACAAGGAAUCGCCAUAAUGCAACUCUGUGCGAGCACUCAACUGAUCAAAGGGAGACAUGCAACAGAUACAGAUAAACGCUGCUGCAUUCGUUCGAGAAGUAACUUGACUAAAAUGGCUUUGAUGUUGGUGUGAUCCAACAGCUUUUUGUUUGAUCACAGUAAGAAUGUUUUAGGCCACAGUUUCUUAACUACACUGUACAAAACGUAGCAUACCUAUUAGAACGCGAAGGUUUUACUCGUUUAGCAGUGUAAUUUGGUGUCAUCGCUUGCCUUCCCAUCUUCUGUGGGAAAAUUUUCAUUUCCGUACAUGCUUGAAAUAAAACACCACCACCUUGUAUAUUUUUUCACAAUUCAUGAGCCCAAACUUUGAUAUGGCCAUUGAAAA